AUGGACAAGACCGUGCGGCUGUGGCACGUGAGCCGCCCCGAGUGCCUUUGCUGCUUCAAGCACAGCGAUUUCGUGACGUCAAUUCAAUUCCACCCGCGCGACGACCGAUUCUUCCUUGCUGGGUCUCUGGAUAUGAAGCUGAGGCUGUGGAGUAUCCCGGACAAGAGUGUAGCGUUCACGGUGACAGUGCCGGAUAUGAUCACAUCCGUUUCCUUUACCCCGGAUGGACGGUUUUCGUUGGCGGGUUGCCUCAACGGGAUGUGCAACAUUUACGAAACUGAUGGGCUGAAAUCUGCAGGAGGGAUUCAUGUUCGGUCAGCGCGCGGAAAGAACGCCAAGGGUAGCAAGAUCACCGGUAUUGAUACAAUGAUCCUCCCGCAAGGUGAUCCAAAUGGCGACGUGAAGCUCCUGAUUACAAGCAACGACUCUCGUAUCCGACUCUACGAUUUCCGAGACCGAGUCCUGGAAGCCAAAUUCCGCGGAAAUGAAAACACAUGCAGUCAGAUUCGAGCUACCUUUAGUGAUGAUGGGAAACAUGUCAUCUGUGGUAGUGAAGAUCGCAGGGCAUACAUUUGGCCCAUGGGUCCGGUGGAAAAGGAUGCCGAUAAACGAGCCUUUGAAGUUCUCGAUACCCAGUCGGCGAUGGUGACGGCGGCGGUCAUGGCCCCGGACAAGACGAAGCAAGUGCUGGGGUUUUCAGAAGAUCCGAUUUACGACCUCUGCAACCCGCCUCCCGUGACCCUUGGGAGCCAACCGACUAAAGAGAAUGGCCGGCAAAAUCGCAUCUCAACCGCUAGCAAAGCCGCACAAGAAUCGCCUGGGUAUCUUGCGCGCUCGACGCAUCCCGACGGAAAUAUCAUCAUCAUAGCCGACUACUCGGGGAAGAUCAAGGUCUUCCGCCAGGAUUGCGCGUACCAGAAGCGCCGGUAUGAUAGCUGGGAUACCCAUUCGACAAUCUCACGGCGGCUUCUGCGGCGAACCAACUCAGCGCGGCAAAGUAUCGCAUCUUCAGUCGGCAAGGAUUCUUCACACAAGACACCAUCCGAACGCAUCAUCUCGUGGCGAAACUCAGUUGUUGGGCAUGACAGCAACAACGCUCAAAACCAGCAGAGUUCGAGGACGAGGAGUCCGUCUCCACGCAAGGUUAUGCAGGGUCUCUCUCGCAACUCGAGCCCUGGGCGUGGAUCGUCAGGAGGGAAAGGUGAGUCACGGUCAAUUUUCACCACUUCUCCGCCACCAUCGGCGUACAAGUCGUCAUUCGACAGCCCUCGAACGAGCUUUGCGGAAGCGCGGAAACGCAACGGCGCAACGUCAGAGGAUCCUCGCCGUACUCCCGUGCCCUCAUCAGCAGCUGCACUGAUCAACAAGGGAGGCGAUAAAGAGAACCCCUUGUGGCUGCAAGGCGACCAUAGCUAUGCGUUUUACAACAAAAUCACUCAGGACGCGCUUGCUGCUCAGCGAAGCUCUCCGGGUUUGCUGAAUCCAAACAGAAGACCAGCCGAACCCGAACGCAAAGUCAGCGUCCUAAGCAGCGAAUACGCGUCGUCCAACGCCUCCGGUGACGACGGUGAAGUCAUGCGCUGCGAUGGGUGCUGGGCCACAAACUUCAAAGCAACCAAGGGCCGAAGCGGUAAGCAGCGCUUGAUAUGCGUGCGCUGCUCUCGGCCAAUUCCAUCGCCGUUCAAUGAGUAG